UUUCACGGUAAUUUUUAGUCACUUUCCGUUUUACAAUGUUUUUUGUCUCGGGAUUAACAAAUUGGCCAAAAAACUAAAGUAAAUAAGCUGAGUGAGCGGCCAUGGAUUUGGUGGACAUUGACCAGGUUCUGGACAACCUGGAACUACGCAUCGCUGCCGAUGAACAGUUGAGCAGAAGUGCAGCUGCAGCGGCGACAGCGGCAGCUCCAGCCCGUCAUUCGGGCGACGGAGCAAGUGCCUCGAAUGUGGCCUCCAACGGUGGAGGCGCUGGGGCAGGCACAACAGCGUCCGGAACUGUGGGAUCUUCGAGCUCCGGGGGUGGCAAAAGCUUCGUGGGGGUCUCCCAGGUCUUCAACAGCCUGGACGACUACAGAAAUAACGUAAAGUCUCUCGAGGUGGAUGCCCAUCUGCCCAGCUAUGAUUGGCAGGCAGAACACGAGGACGAUCUCAACAAGUUCAGCGAGGAGCGCUCGAAAUCCAAUAACGACGCCAUUGUUUCCUCCUCGGAAUCGCUGACCACGUCGUCCUGCUCCACUUUCUCCUCGGGACCAUCGCCCGUGAGCAACGGCAGCCACUCGGAGGAGCUAUCAUCGCCGCCGGAGAAUGAACUCCCCAGUGAACAACCCAAAGAGGAGGCGGAAACGGAGGUGAUUGAGGAUCGGGCUAAGGUCCCCGAGGAUCCUUCGAAGGAUCCGGAACCCACACAGAAUCCAACCAAACAGGAGCCCGAAAGGGAGAAUGUGGAAGAACUGGCAGCUGGUCUUUCGUCCAUUUCCAUUACCAAGUCUGGUACAGAAUCGCAGUCCCAUUUGGUGGAGGACACCCCGCCAUCCUCUAUCCAAGGGCAGCAGCUAUCGGAGGACAGUUCGCCUAGUAACGAACCCGAAACGGAGAUGACCAAUGGCUUGGAGAUCCCUGCACCGAUUGCUAAACACAUUGCUCCCGAAGUAACUCCUCAAGAAAAGAUCGAACCGCAGCUGGAACUUGAGCCUGAGGCGGAGGAUGCAGACCAGCAGGAGCAGCAGCCCCGGCCCAGUCAACCCAUCACCUUCUGCUCCACAAUGGACGACAUCUCGGACACUGAGCUGGACAGCAUGUUGCAGGAAAUAGAUGCCGACGAUCCGCAGCCCAUGGAGGACCAGGAAAUGCCCGAAGAGGAAAAGUCGCCCUCUGCUUCGCCGGUGACAGAGGAGGAGUCGGUGCGCAUUCUGUCCGAUGAGCAGGAGACCACAUCCAACGACCCGAUGAACGUGGACAACUUCUCGCAGGCCUCCACCGUUGAGUUCGCGGAUCUGAAGCAGCCGGAGGCAACGCCAGUCACCGCUAUGGGCGACGACAUAGCCUCCAGUUUCAGCAGCACCGAGUCGGACUCGCUGUCGGGCCGGAAGCUGGACGAUGACGAUGAGGCACGGGGCCAGCCUGGGGAGAGGGAACCCCAAGAAGAAGCCAGCCUGGCCGCUGAAGCACUCGAAACCCAAGAAACACGUCCGCAACGACCUCAAACCCUGGAUUUGAACGGUUGCCAGACAAGCCAACUGACUCCCUCCCAGGAGGAGACGCAAGAUAACCCCCCAGACGAGUCCCAGCCAGGCGUGGUGCCAGAGCCGGGAGUGGUGCCCGGCGAGGAUGACGAGGAGAGCCCCAUCUACGAAGCAGUGGGCUACAGUGAUCCGCACGCCAACCUGGGGAAGGUGCCGCCCAUCUGGGUGCCGGACAACAUGGCUGGGCAGUGCAUGCAGUGCCAGCAGAAGUUCACGAUGAUCAAGAGGCGCCACCAUUGCCGCGCCUGCGGGAAGGUGUUGUGCUCCGUGUGCUGCUCCCAGAAGUUCCGCCUGGAGUUCGCCAACGAGCCGGAGUCCCGGGUCUGCGUGCAAUGCUACAUGAUUCUGUCGGAGAGACAGGCCACGGGAUCCGCGUCGGGAGCAGCUGCUGGAUCGGUUCUGCCGCCCACGCCCAUGCGAUCCCCGAACCCCAACAACCCCAUGGAGUACUGCUCCACAAUACCGCCUCAUCGACAGGUGGCCGCCACGCCCGGUGCCCCACCCCCCAGCGUCAUCGUGCCGGUGGGUGUGCUGAAGAAGACCGACGGCAGCUCCUCGAACUCGUCGAGUUCGGACGGGAAGAAGGGCGCCCGGAAGCGCAAGAGUGUCAUGUUCAGCGACGGCAUAGCGCCCGGCAGCGAACUGGCCAGCACCAUGGAGCAGCAGUGGGGCGAGGCCAAGCAGGCGAGGCGGGGUCUGUCGAGGAGCGGUUCCGGGUCGAACCAGAAGCCGCCCACCCCGGCGACCGAAGAGCCACCGCGCAGUAUUGAUAUGGGCACCACCAUGGGCCUGGUGGCGCAGCUAUUCCGCGGCUCCAUACCCCCGAGUGCCGCAGCAGCUACGCUCUCCGCCACCGAGACGCCAAGUGCUAGGGCUUCAAGCCAGCCCCAGGCCCAGACGUCGCCGCGUCGCAAGGCGGAACCGGCGCGCAGUCGCAAGCUGCCGCCCAACGCCGACUCCCAGGGCUGCUACCUGCCGCCGGAGGAGAACGGUCUGCCCCCCAUUUGUGUGACCCUCAAGGACGGCGAGGUGGACUACAAGGUUGUGCGGAACGAUGGCUCGCUCCUCGAGAGACUACAGAACGAGACGCUCAAGUUCAUUGUGAAGAACAACUUCUAUGUGCUGGUCAAGAUUGUGAAUAUGAGCUGCUGCAUGAAUCGCUGGGUGUUGAACUUCACAACCUCGGGUCUGCAUCACACGGGCAGCGAUGAGCUCAUCAUUCUGCUGGAGAUAAAGGCUCCGGGGGCCGGGGACUCGGCUGAUAAGGAGGCUGGUGUGCCGCGCGACAUAUUCCAGCACCUGUACGAGCUGUACGCGGAGGCGGAGAGCGCCCCUUCGAACACCCACGAACUGGAUUUCACCAGUCCGCGGAAUGCCAACUUUCUGGGCUCGCGGGAGCACGGAGGCUUCAUCUUUUUCCGGCCGACGUACCAGUGCCUGCAGGGCGUGAUAGUCCCGGACAGCCCCUACCUGGUGGGAGUGCUCAUUCACCGGCACGAGGUGCCCUGGGCCAAGGUGCUGCCCCUGCGCCUAAUCCUGCGCCUGGGGGCCCAGUACAGGUACUAUCCCUGUCCCCUGAUCUCGGUGCGGGGCAGGGAGUCGGUCUACGGGGAGAUAGCCCAAACUAUCAUCAACUUCCUGGUGGAUUUCCGAAACUAUACGUACUCGCUGCCCUCCAUUCGAGGACUGUACAUCCACAUGGAGGACCGGCAGACGACGGUGGUGAUACCCAAGUACCGGCAUCAGGAGGUGAUCAAGGCUAUCAACAACGCCAGCGACCACAUCCUGGCCUUUGCCGGCAACUUCUCGAAGGUGGCCGACGGGCACCUGGUCUGCAUGCAGAACAUCAACGACGACCGGUCCGAGAUGUACGCCUACUCCACGCAGGCCAUCAACAUACAGGGCCAGCCCAGGAAGAUCACGGGGGCGAGCUUCUUUGUCCUGAACGAAGCCCUCAAGAGCACCAGCGGGCUGUCCGGGAAGUGUAGCAUUGUGGAGGACGGCCUGAUGGUCCAGAUAAUGCCGGCCAAGAUGGAGGAAGUGCGCACGGCGCUGAGGAACCAGGCGGACAUCGACAUAGUCUGCGGGCCCAUCGACGCCACCGACGACCAGAGUGAGAUUGUGAGCAUCAAGUGGGUGGACAACAACCGGGACAUCAACGUGGGAGUCAAGUCGCCCAUUGAUGACCAACCCAUGGACGGCAUCUCGAGCAUGCGUGUCCAUGCCAGCUUUAACUAUUCCAAUACCAACUACACCAUCCGCCUGAGUGACAUCUACAUGGUGAAGUGCGAGGACUGGUAUGCCACGAAUGGCGGCAACUACGCGGACAUCACCCGGAUCGCCGAGCAACUGGCCCGCAGCGCUUCGAUGGCCCUGCUGCCGUUCCUCGACCUGCUGGCAGCGGCUGGCAUCACCAAGAUCGGUCUCAGGGCCACGCUCGACCAGGAGAACGUCGGCUAUGAGGCCGGGGCCCGGGGCUCCAAGCUGGCGCCGCUGUACAUGAACGCCCUGGACAAUCACUUGAUAGCCACCCUCCACGGCGAGUCGUCGGGCAUUCAGGACCCGAUCGUCCUCGAGCUGGUCUUCCACAUACUGAACGCCUGAUCUUAAGCCCUCGUAGUGCAAUUCUCCCGCUGGACGUCGAGUUCCAGCGGAAUCUCUAGCAACUCUGUGCUCGGAAACGAACAAAGCUGACCAAUCCCUGGAACCUGGAAUGGGAUGUGCGGUGGACUAGAUAGUUAUGUUGUUGGAUGGCCCGUUAACUGUGUAUAUAUUUAAGUAGCUCCUGGUUGGUUUUAUUAUUUUGUCUCUACAUUUCUACGACCUCCUCUCCGCCUCUGUUGCAAUCCUUCUCCUUUAAUCGAUUUGAGUUUUCAUUGAAAGUAAAAAGAAAAAUACGAUCCAAGCCCUAAAUAUAUAUUAAUAUUUGUAUGUGAUGUUCUUUAAUAUGCUUUACACAUUUACCAUUCGAGUAUAUAUACUAAUCUGUAUAUGCUGCUAUACUAUACUAUAUAUAUGAAUAACAAACUAUAUAAAACUGUU